AUGUCGAGCUCCAUCGAAAAUACGUCAGGUCCAGUUGUUCGUAUUGCACCUAACUACUACUCUAUCGAUGAUUCGGCCGCUUUGAAACCGAUUUACGGCGCCGGUACGAAGUUUGUUAAAAGCAGAUGGUAUACGGUAGCUGCCACACCUGACCCUCACGUUUCGGACUUGUUCUCCGACAGAAACAUCAAGAAACACGCAGAGAACAGAAAAAAGGUUUCCAACUUGUACUCCAUGUCGAUGGUGGUCAGGAUGCAAGAUGCGGUCAAUGACUGUAUUCAGUUGAUCGAGAAACGCUUUGUGGACUUUUCAAGAACUGGUGAGAAGUUUAAUUUCCAGCAUUGGACUCAGUGCUUUGCCUUCGACGUUGUUGGAAGAAUUACUGUUGCAAAGCGUUUUGGGUUUCUCGAUGCUGGCGAAGACGUUCAGCACCUUAUGUCCGCCGUGCACAAGUAUCAACGAUAUAGCACAAUUGUGGGUGUCUAUCCAGAAUUCCACAAGUUGCUAUUUAGACUCAACAACAUGGUCUCCGGAAGCGGCUUAGUCGAGCUCUUACGAUUCAUAGCAACGCAGGUCGAAGCUCGAAUGGAAGCAAACAAAGGCUCGGAGAAAACACUGCAGGACGAAGACUUUUUGGCAAAGCUAUUGCAGUUGCACGAGGAAGAGCCACAGAACUUCACUAUGGAUCACAUCAUGGUAACUUGCCUCGCGAAUGUUGCGGCCGGAAGCGACACAACUAGCAUCACUCUUACUUCGAUCAUGUGGUUUUUGCUAAAGACUCCAGAGGCGUUGAGGAAGGCAAGUACCCUGUAUCACGAGGAGAAAUCAUGCAUUGACUCUGGUUGCCAAUAG